CUUGGCGUUGUUUUUGUAAAGUACCGGGUUUAAUUUUAUUUUAUAUAUUUAAUUUAAUAGUAAAAUAUUUAACAAAAUGCCGGUCGAUUGCCAACGAUCGACGGCGGGAGGGAAGGGAAACCUGGGUAUGUUUUUCGAACGAAGUCCAAAAAUUUGUGCUGCGGGUCUACCCUCUCAACAGCCGGAUAAUCAAAUCGGCGAUGACUUACAGCAUUAUUUAAUGAAAGAUGAGGUGGACUCACUUAUUAAUGACGCUAUCUUGCCUGCGAAAACACCCAGACCACUUCCACCCCUACGUCAUCCUAUACCAUUAGACAUGCGUUUUUCUGGAGUAUACGGACAUGUCGCAGGUAUUAUAAACCCACCGAAUAAGUCAAAAUUUCAAACACUAGUUGACGAUUUUAAAGAGACCACUUAUUCUUCUUAUUGGAAAAAACCACUUGGAAAAGUGCAAGAUCCAUUGCCAAUGCUACCUGAAGGACUAGAUGUGUACAAGACGACCUUUGGGAGGAAAUUACCUGAAGCAGAAAGACUGUAUGAUGUCGUAUUCCCGAAAGUACCUCUUGAAGAUAAAACGCCAGCUUCCAGAUUUCCAGCGGCACAAACAGACCGUAAUUAUUGUAAGCCACCAUUUAGUGAAGAUUUAACGUAUGGUCAUAGAACUCAUGUUGAUAAGCGUGGGCUUUACGCAAAAGCAUGUGUAACUGAAGAUAAUAUCGUUAUUGGAAACGGAAACCGAACAGUUUUAAAUACAACUCAGACCAGUUUCCAGGAAUUCAACAAGGCUAGACUUGGAAAAGUGUUGGCUCCCAAUAAUAAUAUUAACAAUGUUCCAGAAGGAUACUCAUUCGGAAUCUUAAAAAAACCUGAUAAUCUUAAACAAUGUCUGAGCUUCUGUGAAAUUAAUCCAGAAUGCGACUUCACCAGGAAAUGCUUAGCUCAUCUCAAUACUGUUCGUAAAUGUAUGUCAACUCGAUUUUUACCUUCAUUUUUCAACGACUUUUAUUUAAAACUCAAAUAUUACGAUACCGAAAAGCGCGGUUGGCUGCCUCGUGACGUGCUAUAUAAAUAUUGUGCUUCAAAAUUUAUAAGAUUUGAUCCAUCAUUAAUAGAACCUUUGUUAUCAAAGUGGGAAGCUUUCGAUGGAGAAAAUAUUGACUACAAGUUUUUUGCUCACAUGAUAAAUUAUAGGGAACCUAUAGAAUAUAUUCCACAUGUACCAGAUUUGCCUCCUGACUGCAUUGACUUCCGCACAACUUAUAGUGAUAUGGUGCGGCCUGGUCAAGAGAGGGAUGAGUCUCGUAUGGCUGGAAUCCCAUCCGGGAGGUACUUCGACUUACCUUAUCCUGUUACACCUAAUUUUUGCUGCAAAGCAGUUAGGACGUGCCUCCCACAAGAGUCAGAUGCCAUGUCAUGUCUAACUCCGAGCAUACUUACGUUAAUGCACGUCAACCACCGUGACAUGUAUGCUAAACGUGAACCUGAUGUUGUAAAGAAAGUAUUCAAAGCUGCUGGGGAGGAUUUUAGUGAUGAAAAAUUUAACGAUAUUUGGGAGGAGGCUAAAAAAUAUCAUUAUCAAGGCUGGGUCUGUUUUGAGACAUUUAGACAGGCGUUGCGAAAAGUUUCUGAGACGGAAAAAACUACAAGUUAGAUUGAAAAGAAUUUUGUUACUUGUUAUUAUAAAACUACGUCAAGUUACUAAAUGGAUUUUUGAAAUCUUUCUUUGUAAAACUUUAAU